CUUAUAUUAGUGACAUUAAAACGUAAACGUGAAGAAUCACCGGAGAUUUUAACUGAAAUCGUAAAGACUGUACGAGAAGAAAUUGCCCGGCUAAGGCCUGCUAGUCAGAUCCCAGUUUCUAAUCUUUCUGAAACAAGGAUGAAUGAAAUCAUAUAUAGCAUUGGAUUGAAGAUCGUCGAAUUAACAGAUAGAGAAUUUCAAUCGAUUGGUCCCGUGCCAUUCCAACCGUUUAUAUGGAAUCCAGAGAGGGAGGAAUCUCAGCAGAUGCGUAAUGUAGAGACAUGGUUUAGGGAUACGCUAAAUCUACCGAUAGAGUUUCAUGUAAAGGAUAUCCAUACGCAAAAAAAUUAUCAACGAUCCUUCCAAGAAGUGAACGUCGUUUUAACAGGUGGCUCUGAUAUAUCUAUUGGACCAAGUGGGACACCUUGCGUCUGGAUCGAAGUUAAGAAAACGAAAGAGAAUUUUAAUGAAGGUCAAGCUAAAGGACAGUUAUUCUUGCUAGAUAAAUAUUACAUUACAAAUUCAAUGGUUGUCAUGACGGAUUGUAAUGACCAUUGGAUUAUUUUUUUCUUCAUAAAAGAGGAUAAUGAACAAUACUUGGCAAUAUGUAGAAUUAAUAGCUCUGGCGUUGCCCUGGCAAUAAUUAGACAGUUUGUACUAGAAGAAGGAAAAAAGAUUUGUGAUUUGUCAGGAAUGACCUUCGACUACAAUGUAAAUCUACCUCCACUUCUUCAGAAAAAAACGAAAUUUACCGAACACAUAACCGAACAGAUUCCUAGAGCAGAUUAUGAAAACAGGAUGGCUGACUUGGUUGACAAUAUGACUGAGCAGGAAUUAUUUAAUAUGGCGGUUCGCAAGAGGUUAAUUAUGUUAAGAGAUUGUUGCAAAUUAGACGAACAACCACAAGUGGAUCAACUUAUUAGACAGUUCAGUGAUGAUUAUGAAAAUCCAUCACUGAUGAUGUACUCAUAG